AUGGUUUCUUCAUCUUAUUCCGAGUCUACGUCGACGAAUGGUGGAGGGUCUGUUAUUCCAAUUUGCAAGCCUGAGUUGAGGCCUUAUGAAGGUCAAAAAAUUUCUUCCCUUGAGGAAGGAAUUUCCUUUUAUGAAAAGUAUGCUCAGGAGUGUUGUUUUGAUUGUCGAAGAUUUGGAAAUAGGUCUAGUGGUGGUGUUAUUAUUUUUCAGUAUGUUGUUUGCAAUAGACAAAGAUUUCAUACAGUAGAUUCGUUGGAUGUUGAUGUAAGUGUAUCUGAGGAUGGUAAUGUGUCUGAUGAUGAUGAAGUAUCUUCAAAGAAGAGACGUAGACGUGGCACCAAAAGGUGUGGAUGUGGAGCGAGAAUUAGUUUUAAGUUUUUUUCUGAUUUUGGUGAUAAGUAUUACCUUGUGCAUCAAUUCGUUGACAAAGAUCAUAAGCGAUUUAUGAAAGGUAAUCGCAGUUUGAAUGAUGUUCAUCACAAGUUUGUUGAAGAUUGCACCAAAGCUAACAUCGGUCCUACCUCAACUUUCAACUUAUUAAAGGAGUUUUUCGGUGGUUAUGAUGUUGUUGGGUGUACGUUGAAUGAUGUUAGGAAUUGUUCUCGUGAUAUUAAAGAGAAACUGAAAGAAGUGGAUGUUCAAAUGAUCCUAAAUCAGAUGCAAGAGAAGAAGAGAAUUUGUGAAGGCUUUUUUUACAAGUAUCAAUUAUCACCUGAUGAUAAUAAGUUAGUGAGCUUAUUUUGGUCUGAUGCUGAGUCUCGGAAGCAUUACCACAUGUUUGGAGAUGUUGUAGCAUUUGAUACAACAUAUUCAACAAACAGGUAUCGUAUGGUGUUUGGUCCAUUUACCGGGAAAGACAAUCACGGGUGUCCUAUUGCGUUUGGAGCUGGUUUCGUAUCCGGUGAGAAUUGUGAUGCAUUUUCAUGGCUUUUCACUGUAUUUGUUGAAUGCAUGGGUGUUGCUCCAAGAAUCAUAAUCAUUGACCAAGAUUGGGGAAUGAGGCUUGCCAUUGAGAAGGUAUUAUCUGGUACAAGGCAUCGUUUGUGCAUGUGGCAUAUUAUGAGCAAGUUGUUUGAGAAGAUACCUAAAUCUAUUUCUGAUAGAGAAAAGUUUAGUAAGGAGUUUAAGUCUUGUGUUUGGUCAGAGUUGUUAGAUCCGGAUGAGUUUGAUAUAUUAUGGACUAGUAUUGUUGAAAAAUAUGGUGUAGAAGAUCAUAAAUGGUUUAAGGAUAUGUUUGCUAUUAAACAUAUGUGGAUCUCAACCUUCUUUAGAGAUGUUCCUAUGGGUUCUUUAAUGAGAACAUCUUUUUCAGAAUCUGAAAACAGUUUUUUUAAGAGCCACCUUUUCUUCAUCCUCAGAAACAAAGAUGUCAACAAUAUUCCAGAGAAAUAUGUUGGUAACCGUUGGCUUAAAAGUGAAUUACUAAAGGCAGUUCAUGGUCUCACGAGUGAUGAUAGUGCGUCUGACAGAGGUUCUAACAAAGAUGACAAACUAAAGAUUGCUAACAGGUGUCAUGGUCGUUACUUUGGUCUAUAUCAGCGUGCUUUUAGGAAUAAAGAUCAUUUGAUUGCUUUGGAUAAUUUGCUUGCGGGUAUUGGUCCUCAAAUCUUUAAAGAUGACUGUGCUGGAUCGUCGUCUAUUGAUAAAAAUGAUUCAAUCAUGAACAUAUAUGGUAUUGCUGUACCUGAAGAAAUAACUGCACAUGCUCCAGAUGUGGUUAGUACAAAAGGAGGUGCAAGUGACAAGAAAAGCAGGAUUAAGUCAAGCAUAGAGAAAGCAAUUGAAAAAGCAAAUAAACCUCAUAGGCGUUGUGGAAAGUGUCAUAAAGUUACUGAUCAUAAUGCUAGAAGUUGUGGCAGAAAGGAGACAUGA